AUGAAUAUCAAAACAAACUGUGAAGCUAACGCAGCACCCGAACCCCCAGCAUACAAGUUUAUCCCCAAAAUUCCAAAAGACAGGAAGCAAGUGAUUCUCAUCUCCUCGGUGUUGGUGCUUCUGACUACAGUAAUUAUUGCAGCCAUUCUCAUUGGAGUUUAUAUUACUCAGGAAUACACUGAAAGGAUAAUCAAAACCAUCAGCCACGGAAAGGAUGGUCAGACCGUGGAGAGGACCACAAUGGUGAACAAUCAGGAAAGAGUGGCUGCAUUUUUGAUCAAGACCAAUAAGACUUCAGCCACAGUUGUCUACGACUACAAACAUCAUCUGAUUGGCAUCCGAAUUCGGGAUCAAAAACAAUGCUUAGUGGUGGCGAUGGAUUCAAUUGACGUCCCAAGUUUAAAGGAAAUCACCCAGGGAAUCGAACGUUUUGGCAAAGAGGUCUCAGAAAGCAAGAGCUUGGUCUACAGCUUCAAGAAGGGAAAACGGGCUGACCGCACCACUCUUGGAACAACUAUAAAUAUCCUUUGUGGUGAUAUCCCUAUCUACUGGGCUGAGUUUGGUAUCCAUGGAAGCGAGGAAAGAGAAUACAUGGGAAGAGAGAGAGAGAUAGGCGAGAGCGAGCGGGAGACGCUCUAG